AUGAAUGUAGUUGUACUCACGGUCGGAGCUGACCACGUGGGAAAACUUCCUGAAAUCAUACCCGAGGGAUACGAAGAGAAUGAAGAGUUUUUGCGUCAGGUCCAUAAAGCUCUAUUGGAGUUGGAUGUAAUUGAAGGCUCGCUCAUUUGCCCUGAGACAGGCCGCGAAUUUCCCAUCCACAAUGGGAUUCCUAAUAUGCUUGUCAAUGAGGGGGAAUAA